AUGCGAGAUUACCUGACAAAAGAAGUCGAUAUUCCGUACAUCAGACGCAAUUAUGAAAAUAAGCGAAAAAUAUAUCGAAAUUGUAGAGGGCUUGUUAGUCCGAUUCUUAUUUAUAAAUGUUUCUUUAAAAAAGAUAGUGACGAGGAGGCACAGUUUUUUGUAGCGAAGGAUGGGAAACUUACUAACAUAAAUAAUAACAGUAAUCUGCUUGCUGAAGACUUUUUUCAAUACGCGAAAAAACCAUGUCCAUGUUUAAAAGCAGCUGAUAGAAUCGCAUUUGAUCGAUUUGACAUUCCAUAUUCUGUCAAUAAACGUGGAAGAUGGAAACUUUACGAUAAAUUUCGAGAAAAUCUUAAGAAUUUACAAGUAAUUUGAUU